AGCCGUUUCAUCCGCUUAUCCGUUGGAUCUGUUUGCCGCUGGAUCAGCCUACCGUUGCAUCUGUUUGUUGUCGAAUCAGCCUCCUGUUGGAUCGGCCUGUGGCAGCGUGGGCCUGCAUGACUCUGCUCUCUCGAUCCUCGCAGCCGCCCCUCGCACGGAUGCACCGCUGAAUCGCUCGCUGAAUCGUCCGUUGAUUCUCACUGCUCAGGACCCGCCGAUGUUCCUCGGCAUCGUGGGCCACACUUUGGCCGCCUGGACACCGAUGAACCAGACAUGCCACAGUUUGCAAAUAUGCCGAGGCAUCGCCUCGAUCAGUCGCCGCCAGCAGAUCCUCGCCCCCGGAGCCCGUUCCCUCCAGCCGAUCCGUCACUGCUCCGUCCAGCCUUCCCAUCGCCUCGCCCCCAUCUCUAUCCCCACCAGCAACCGCAUCCCUUCCCUGGCCCUUUUGCUCCUCCUCUAUCUCAUCCGGCGUACCCUCCCCGGCCUCACCCAUUCGCUUAUCCCCAUCUCCCGCAUCCUCACUCCCACCCGCAACUCCAAUCUCAUGCACACGCUCAUCCCCCCAGCACCUUCCCAGUGCAGUCGUCAUCAACAUCGCCAUAUUAUCAGGGCGAUAUUUCGGAAUCGCAUGCUGAUGCGAGCACUAGCCACUCUCAGCUGCCGAGCUCCAAGCACUAUCUCGACAGCCCCGCCCUGGCUAUGGCCCCGCCUCCACAUCCACCUCCAGCCGCGCUUGGGUCGCAUCGUGGCCCGGAUUUUCAGCACGGGCGGAUUGCGUCGGAUUCUCGGCUGCCAUCUGAUUUGUUUGACCCGGGCAACCCCUCGUUAGAUGAAUCGAUCGCCUCCUCCAGCGGGCAUCAUCCGGCCGAUGCGGCGACAGGUAGUGACAACGUUGGAAGCGCACCGGGCUCCUCUGGUGCCUCAAAAUCGUCGGACAAGCGGUUCCGGCCGAGACCCAAUUUCGCAAAGCCCAUUAAAAACAUUCUGGUCCAGUGGAUCGAGGAGCACCACCAGUUCCCCUACCCGACCAUGAGCGAAAAGGAAGAGUUGAUGCGGCGGACGGGACUCGACAUGCAUCGGCUGAACAAUUGGUUCAUCAACGCCCGCCGCAGGGUCCUGACCCCACCAACGCAGAAGCAUCGCAAGUUCAUUCCUUUCUUUUUGAAGGAAAAGAAGCCCAGAGGCUCGGCCCGCGACGAUGUUCCGCCAGGCGAGAUGGGUGAAGCCGUGGCCGGCCCGAGUAGGAUUGGAUCAACAUCCAGGGGCAUUAUGCCUCCCAGCACGGCCUUUGGCGACUCGGACCGACCCACACUCCACCUUCCGAACCCGCCGUUCAACGGCGGUGUCUCGAGGGCCGGCCCUCUGGCCAGCGCAUAUCUUGGCAGGCAGUCCUAUCCGCAGCCCCCAAUAGGCUCAGCGGCCCCCAGAGCUCCCGCCGUCCCCGCCGUCCCGGCAAGUGUCCCAGCAAGUGUCCCGGCAAAUGUCCCAGCAAAUGUCCCAGCAAAUGUCCCAGCAAAUGUCCCGGGCAUCGGGGUGCAACCUGCGAACACGCCGAGAAUGUCCAUCGAUACCUCUGCGACACUCCAGGCCUCUGUUGACCCAAGCCCAGCCUUAUCAGGAUCGCGCAUCACGCCAGUCGAUGCCGCAGACCCGCAGGUUCCAGUCGAAAGAUAUCAACCCAGCGCCGCGGAUCCACCAGGCGUCCUGUCCGCCAGCAAGAGAACGAGGGAGACACCAGAGACAGAGGAACCUGACUCGGAUCGGCUGAGAGUCUCACCGGGCCUGCCCAGGAUCAAACACAGGAAAGAUCCCGAGUCUUAGCGAGGUUGCUUGAUUCUCGCCUCUGUCCUCGAGAAUGUGCUUCACACGGCACACUUUUACCCUCCACAUCAAUACCCAUUGUACUUUCUUCCCCGUCCCUCCCAUCGCCACCCCCCUUCUCCCAUCACCACCCCUCCCCACCUGUUU